AUGGCAGAGUUGGAGCAGUUCUUUACGCAGGCAAGAGCUGUCACACAGGCAGCUAUGGAGACGGCACAGGUGAAUGCUGCAACGGUGCAAAACCUGAUUGCGGCCCAGGUGCAGCAAGCUCAACCGCAGCAGAGUGAUCCGGGAUCUCUGUUGCAGGCAAAGGAUCUGGCCAAAGUGUUGAGGCAGCCCAAGGAGUUCAGACCUGCCACUCGAGAAGAAGAGCUUUCGCAGUGGAAGUCAUGGAGCUGGGAACUUGAGAAUUACCUUAUGGCCCUUGACCCUGGUUUCAAAGACGAUUUUGAUUUGCUCAAACAGCAGACGAUGCCGGUCCGAAUGCUGUCAGGUAGCAACCCAUCUGGAGAGGUCGAAGUGAUCCUGGACAGCGGAUCCGACGUGAGCAUUUUGCCGGAGGCUUGCAGCGCACGGCCAUCAGAAGAGAAGAAGGUUGGUUUUGAGCUUGCAGAUGAGAGUGGAGAGCAAAACAGUGGGCCUGUGGAUGAGCAGCAGCAUGUGCCAGCGCCGCUCUCGCUAGAUAGCGAGUUGGCGCAGAAAGACACUGUGCCCGGACAGCCAGUUGUUGCCGAAGUGAAGAUUGAUGAGGUGGUUUUGACAGUUGAUUCAACUGUGAAGGUUUUGAGAGAAGCUUGCAAGGCCUGGGGCCUCGGCAUGUCAGGUGGAAAGAAGCUGCUAUUUGGGCGGCUUGUGGAGCACGACAAGAAGGUGCGUCUGCAUCAGAGCAGAGAGCUUGCUUUGCAGAGCAAGCCAGAUGAGAGAGAGGUUGUGGAGGUUCCAAGAGUUGCAGAACCUACACCGGAGCAGGUUGCGCAGCAUUCGGCAACGCAUUUGCCGUAUGAGAGCUGGUGCCCAGUUUGUGUCAGCUUUCGCGGAAGGGCUGACAAGCAUCCAAAGCGGUCCUCUACUAUCAGGGGAGUGCCGCAUGUGGGCAUGGAUUUUUGCUUUACGGGCCGUGAGGAGGACUCGCAGGAGAAGUUGCGCGUGCUUGUUUUGAAAGACAAGGACUCGAACAUGAUCGAUGCAAUUCCGACACCCGGCAAGGGUGGAAAGGCGACCAAGCACUUGGUCACGGAGGUGUGCAGAUUUUUGAAUGCACUGGGGCAUCAUGAAGUGGUGCUCAAGGGAGAUGGAGAACCAGCGAUUGUGGCUCUUCAGAAUCGCAUCAGUGAGAUGAGAAGCAAACUUGGGAUGCAUACGCAUUUGCCUCAGCAGUCCCCACCUGGGGACCAUCAGUCAAAUGGGAUGGCUGAGCAGACAGUUCAGCAGACACGUCAGGCCUCGAUGCUGCUGGAACAGUACACGGCAAACACGAAGUGCCAGGUGAAGACACAGUUGGAGUACAAUCCGCAGAGAGGCAUCACGCCCUUUGAGCAGGUCGCUCAGGCGGAGUACCGCGGCAAGACCAUCUGUUUCGGAGUCAGUCACGCAGUGGAUUCUGCCCAGGCGGGGCAGGAGAUGGACACAGGCAGUUCUCAGCCGGUGCCAGCAGCAGGCAGCGGUUCAGCGCAAGUGAGCAGGCCGGCAGAGCCUGCUGAGCUGGAGGAGCAGCGGCCUUUGAAGCAGCCGCGCGUGGAGUCGCAGAAGAGACAGAAAACGGUAGCAGCGGCGAAGGUUCUUACCGCACCGCCGUUUUAUGCAGGUGAUGUGAAGCGUGUGGUUGGAGGUCAGCAACUGCACCACAUGGACACGCAUGUGACGGGUGUUCUCACGAACGAGGACGCGGAGAUUUUGGAGCAGACCUGGGAAGACUGGGGAGGCUCUGAUUCGGAGGAUGAUGAUUUUUCAGCUGUUUCAACUGCAGAUGUUGAUAUGCAUACAGAAGUGGAGAAAGCCGGAUCGCCUGGCGAAAGGAAGCCAGCCGAGCCAAUGUUUGCAGACAUUGAUCCGGAUGAGCUGUAUUUUCCAGGCUCGCAAGACGAGCCCGAGUUUGAUUUUGAUACGUUGCAGCAACUUGAUGCCAAGGACCGGUCUCAGCGGUACCGAUCGGCCACUGGCCUAUUGCUGUAUUUGGCUCCAGACAUUGCGCAGGUAGCCAGCGUUGGUACAAAAUGGAAUGUGGCAGAUCUUGGAACGAAAGCGCUGAGCAAGUGUCGUAUCAAGUUUUUGCUGAAUCUUUUGAGCGUGCGAGAUGAAUGCCAAGACUAUGCUUUGGUCGGUGAAGAAGAAGUAGAAGAGGAGUACGUGAAGCUGCACCUCAAAGGUGUCAUCAGGAUCACGUUCGCGCGACUGCGGCCCAGACGCGAAAAGGUCCCCAAGGUCAGGCCGAUUGACGACUACACUGAAAGCCUCAUCAACUUGACGAACAGCAGCAGUGAGUCCAUCGAAGUGCGCGGUAUUGACGCGGUAGUGUCUGGUGUCGCUCUCAGAAUUCGUGCUGCCAAAGAACAAGGUGUUAGCGAGAACCUCAACAUCCGCACCAUGGAAGGAUGGGAGAUCGCGGACGACAAGGGGUCUGCUUUUGACUCCUGUGCAGAGGCGCUUGGCGUGAUUUUCGACCUAGGUAACUGCAAUUCGGGCAUAGUGUUGAAAGUGCCUAGUGACGUGUCAAUCAAGCAAGCCUUGGGCAUUGUGGACUUGCAGCGCUUCGCAGAUGCUUGUUUCGUGCAAGGUUGGUCUCGUGCUAUCAAUGCUGACAUCUCCUUGAAAGACCUCUUCAUGGUCAAAACAGCAAUCGACCACGACACGAUUGCCGCAGAAGUGUAUGCAAAGAAUUUCGACACUGAAGUUACUACGACGGUCGAUGCAUUUGAUUCAGAACAUCCAACAGCACGAGAUCUGGACGGCAAGCCUACCGUGUCAACCGUGGAGCUCGGCGUCCAGAAAGGUCGACUUGCCACGGCCAUGGCUGCGUAUACCACGCAGCAUGAUUUGCCUGAUGACCUUUUGCAAGAAAAAGGUGGGGAGAUUGGCAUCGCUUCGGAAAUCUCCAGCAAUGCCACUGGUGUCAUGAUCGGUACCUAUGACCAGCUUGUACCGACGCUGUUUCAGCUUCUCUGCCACCCGAGUGUGGGUAUCAAGAACUUCCGCCGCGUUAUCUUGGAAGAUGCAAAGCUCCUGCGCCGUAUCUGUUUGCAGAAGCCGCGCUUCGCAGAGGCGGUGCGACGCUUUCAGAAAGCAGCAGACUUGCCCCUUCGGCCGGACCAGAAGAUGCAGCUUGUUCAGUUGAUGUUGCGAGACAUCGAGAACCAGGCGGCCUGGGCUAUUCCGCAGCCUGAAGAUUCUGAGACCAAAGCAGCAUUCUACCACGAGGGCAAUCGCCUCGUGGAUGGUAUAGCCAAGCAGGCGGACAGCAGCUGCAUGAGUGACUUCAACAGGCGCCUGCUGUGCAAUGCGGAGCCACCGAAGGACUGCCGCAGACCAGCGAGCCCGCCAGAAGGGGCGACGAAGGACAGCACGGUUGACAAGGGCAUCAAGAUGCGCGACAUCUUUGGCAAGCGGAGGAUGGAGUGCGCAAACUUCACGUAG